GGCGCGCCGGACGACGCACGAGCUGCAGUCAGUCAGUCGUUCGUUUUUCGGACAGAAAGGGUGGAGGAAGAACGUGUCGAUGGCGCUUGGUGGUCGUUCCCCGUCGUGCAAGCAGGGGCCAUCGUCAAGUUCCGGGUAGAGAGAAAGCGAGGGGACAAAGACGCUCGGAAGCGAAAGGGUGCGGAAAGGGACAGAGGCACGGUCGAACCCUUCUUUCCUUCCGCGCUCGACGCGUGUCAUCGUUAAUACACAGCGCGCGCUUUCGUUUAGAGGGCUUCUUCCCUCCGUCGCGGCGGAUAUAAUACGCGGAUUCCUCGAGGCCUUCACCCUCGGUGGCGCGUCACGCGUCACGGUGCUUACGCGAGACUCCGGAGCGUGUGUCACGUGAAAGGAGCAACGCGCGUCAGGGUCGUCGUCCUGAUAGCACAAAUCCGGAGGGAAGAAAAGAAAAACGGAGCGGCGGAAACGGACUAUCUUGCCGCAUCCAAGUCGUUCGCACUUACGCGGAAAUCAUUCCUCGGCGCAGUGACGGUGAUUAGCCGCGAACACGAUCGGGAGACCGGAGAGACCGGAGAGCAGCGGCGCUGAGGAAAGCCGAAGGGAGUCAGUGGUUGAUCGUUCGUUCGGUUGGUUGGUGCUGCGUGCGCCCGCAGUGACUAGUGGUGGCUCGGCUCGGGCGGUCCAGGUCGCGGUAAUGCCUCGCAGCAGCGAUCGUGUCGCCAGGUCGCACGGUGUCGCAGGCAGGGUGAGAGACUGGGCCGCCGCAGGUAGUACUGGCGCGGGUGUAGCCGCGGGCACCGCGGACAGGAUACGUUGACGAGCGCAGCCGACCCCGGUGGCACGUUGCUGGCCGCCGUCGUCGUCGCUGCACCCGCAGGCCAUGUAUCGAGACGAGCCGGCGAUCGACCGUGCCGGCGGCGGCGGCAACCGCAGUGCCGGCGAACCGCGCCGGGCGAGAUCGCCGCGUCGACGUCGCGCAUCGGCGGCCGCCGACCUGCCCGAGGACGCCGACGGCGAGGAGGAGCCCUACGGGGAAGUGGAAGAGGCCUACGUCGUCCUCGACGUGCAACCCCGACGACCGUCCGACGACUCCGCGACGAGGGUGUGCUGCAACGACGACUCCUGCUGCUGUCGCGCCGCCCAGAAGAGGCCGGGCAGGAGACGGCGCGGCUCGGGAAAUGCGCUCAGGAUACUCUUCGUCGCCGCCGCCGCUGCCUUUUUCGCGCUUGCCGUCUCACCAGUGUCUGGAACGACGAAUAAGAAAGAGGAAGAGACGGUAUCUUCGGUCACAGAAGGGACUACCAUGGUUCUGGGGACGAGAACCAGGACAGCGAACGAUCCUGGAGGAGGAAUAGACCUGUUGGCAGCUCUGCAGCUGCACAAUACUACUCGGGAAGGCAUUACGCAGGUGCCGGGUCUAAUUAGGCUGAAGCCAGCCUAUUAUCUUCAGGGCGAGGAGAGGGAGCUCCGACUGAACGAGGCGAGCUUCGAACGUGCGGCCGCGCUACUCCGGCGGGUUCCGGAAUUCACUAUAGCCGCCGCGCUGCGCCAGGAGGAGGCCAAUUCCGGGACGAUCGUCGCCUUUUCGCACGGGAACAAUAGGUACUUGGAGCUGCAGAGCAGCGGUCGCAAGGACGAGCUUCGACUUCAUUACGUAUCACGCCGCGACGGAACCGUACACGUCGAGGCGUUUCCUUUUCGACUAGCCGACGGCGCCUGGCACAGGGUCGCCCUGAGCAUAAGCGGCUCGCAGGUCGAGCUGCUGGUCGAUUGUCACCCCUUGUACAGGCGAUUACUAAGGCCUGGUCCACCCGACACCAAUUUCACUCUACCGCAACUGCAGCUCUGGGUCGGACAGCGGAACGUCAGGCACUUUCUCUUCAAGGGUGCUUUGCAGGACGUCAAGCUAAUAGCAGGACCUCACGGUUAUCUUUCCCAGUGUCCUCAGCUCGAUUCGUCCUGCCCCACAUGCGGCCAAUUUUCAAUAUUACAGAAUACCGUGGAACAACUAAUGCACAAUCUUAAUGAAUUGACUCGUAGGCUAGCCGCUGCAGAGGGCAGGAUAAGCAAAGUGGAGGAAUGCGAGCGCCAAAAGUCCUGUAGGGUGAACGGUACCGUCCACGACGACGGCGCGACUUGGGAGAAAGGUUGCCAGCAAUGUUCCUGCGUUCACGGCGAGAUCGAGUGCAGAAAGACGCCCUGCGCUACGGUCACCUGCAAGUAUCCCACCACUCCCGAGGGACAGUGUUGCCCGAUUUGUCUCAGACAAUGUUACUUGCGCGGCGUAAUUUACGAUCACGGCGAGAAGGUAUCGCCGAAACAGUGCGUCGAAUGCAGCUGCUCCGACGGUAGCUUCACCUGCCAGAGAUUCGACACCAAUACAAAAUGCCCACCACUGCCGUGUCCACCCAGCGAGCAAAUCAGCGUGGCAGAGGAGUGCUGCAAAUUUUGCCCAGGGGUGGACUACUGCGCGAAGGGCCACAAGUGUCACGCUAACGCGUCCUGUCUGAACCUCCAGACGACCUACGCCUGCCAUUGCGAGAACGGUUUCCAAGGGGAUGGUCUUAACUGUCACGAUGUCGACGAGUGCAAGCAGCAAGGUGGAUCGGACGGUCAUCAUUGCAACGCGAACACGAGGUGCGUCAACGUGAUCGGCUCUUAUACGUGCGAGUGUCUUCCGGGUUACCAUAGAGUCGACAAGUUCAACUGUGCCGAGCUGGACGAAUGCGCGACUGGUCAUCACCAGUGCGACAAGCAUGCCACAUGCGUGAACACUGCCGGCAGCUACUACUGCAUCUGCAAGGACGGCUAUACCGGCGAUGGUUACACAUGCAAACCUGUGUGCAAUCAGACUUGCCAGAAUGGCGGCGAGUGCGUGGCGCCCGGAAGGUGUUCCUGUCGACGCGGUUACAUCGGCAAUAGCUGCGAGCUCGACCUAGACGAGUGCGCCAGCGACCUGCACCGGUGUCACCAGUCGUCGACGUGUUUCAACAUGCCCGGCUGGUAUUAUUGCCGGUGCAAGCCCGGCUACAGGAGCGCCCUGCAUGACAGCACUCAGGGCACGCAGUGCCUCGACAUCGACGAGUGCAACGACCUGACGAUCGAAAGGCGGCACACGUGUCACCCUACCGCGAAAUGCGUCAACACCGAGGGCGGCUACGAGUGCGUGUGCCCGCCGGCGAAGGACCUAGAAGAGUCCGGGGAAGAAUGCAGACUCAGCUGCUGGUUCGAGGGCCGCGAAGUCAACAAUGGCGAAACUUUGGCGCCGGCCGGUAAUCCUUGCAGGAGAUGUACCUGCCAAGACGGCGUGAUCACUUGCAAGGACCCCGUGUGCGACUGCAGCGCGCCGGGAAGCCAAAGGGACAAGUGUUGUCCGCAGUGCGACCCUGCGGCGUCCUGCAGACAUCAGGAGCUUCAUCAUCUAGUUUUCAGAAGUGGAGAUCGUUGGAUAUACCAGUGUCAGACUUGCGAGUGCCUGUACGGCGAAAUAGACUGCUGGCAGAUGGAGUGUCCACCGGUGACCUGCUCGAAUCCCGUGACCGAAGAGGGCGAUUGUUGCCCGCGCUGCGAGGACGAUCCCUGCGCUCGAGAGGUGCCGGCGAACGGCACCUCGUUCACGGUUCCUAGUCGUCCCCGGCCGUGCAGCUACGCCGGCAUCGUCCACGACAGCGGCAGCUCCUGGCAGGACCCCUACGACAAGUGCACCACGUGCGAGUGCAAGGUGCCGUACUGCGCCCAAUUGGACGGGCAGCUUUGCUGCAGCUACGAUUACGGCUGCGCUGGCGAUCUGGGCGACGACAAGCAGCAACGUCCUCCAGUCGCUGUUCCUGAGCCUCUCGUACGCCAUCCACCGGACCUUGCGGUCCAAUCGCUGGUCAACGGUGCACAGGAAGCAGCUCUACCAACGGUCACCGGCACACCCGGCACUACGCGCACCAUCACCACCGCCGUCACCACCUUCGUUGCGAGCACCAUUUCCCCCGUCUCGUCGCCCACGCACUACUCGUCAUCCUCCAGCAUCAGCGACGACAGCGGCUCCUAUGAUCUCAGGCAAGGUCACGCAGCAGACUCGUACACCUCGUCCGUGUCGCGAGCUCAGCAGAGAAACGCCUACCAUGCCAUCAGGUCGCAACAACAGCAGCAGCAGCAACAAGCGUCGUCAACCACGAGACACCAACAGUUCGUCGGAAGCUCGACAACGUCGUCGACGGCGUCGGAGCAAUCCGCGGCGCCGUCGGCGACGACGACGAGGACGCCGUCCGUGACGUCUAGCAACGGCGGCUCGACGUCGUCGCGACACAGCCAAUCGACGAGCACCGUCGGUCGCCGUGAUGGUGCCGCCAUCGCCUCGUCCUCUUUCUCGUCGUCGUCGUCGUCGUCGUCAUCGCCCACUCUCGCGAUGGUCCUGGCCACCUCAACGGUCGAGGAGCCCGGACGAUCGUCCGCGAGCGUCACCGCGCAAAUCCACCAGCUGGUCGGUCGCCGUCACAAGGACAGCAGGAGGUCCAUUAUCCUCGACAGCGCCACUUGAGGGCCCUGGAUCUAAAGGGAGAUAGAAAAGGACGAAACCAACACACUCUUGGCAAGGCAUUCCAGCGGGGAAACCCCGUCCUCCCGUAGUCGCCCGACGCGUGUCGUCCGUCUAUUACAUCGUCGCAGGAGGAAAGAAAAUCGAGAGAUCGACAGUUCGCAGAGAGAGGAUGAACGGGAUCAUCGACAGGACAAUCGGCGCUCGCGGAGAGUCGACGUCGCCGCCGCGCCGUCGCGAGGGAGAUUCGUUUCCGGAAUCCGCGUCCGAUCAUCUUCGCGCAACAUCGCAACCCCGUCAACGGAGUUAGAUCGACGAUUACGUCACCGAUUUUGAUCCGCUAAGCUCUAAGGUUCUAAGCCUAAGAUCGAGCUGUCGUUUGCGAUCGCGGGCGAGAUUGCGUAGUCGCUGUUACGAUCUAAGCCCAGAACAGUCGCGGGCCGAGCUUACGGCUAGCAAUGAGCGCGUGCGCGUCCGGAACGUUCGCUUUUCCGCUUGAAUCGCUCGCUCGAGUUGCGGUGAUCUUUGCCUUGAUCACCAUUCGCAAGGUGAGCGUCGAGACGCGGCGCUAGUGGCCCUUCGAGAGACAAUCGGUGCGAGAAUAACUUCUCUAGUAUCAACAUCAAGGAUUUACCCGCGACAUUUUUUAGUACUGAACACCACAUGCAACUCUACCGUAAUAACAAAUAUAGAGAUUAAUCUAUACCAAAGUUAAUUCUCUAUCUGUAAAUUUUUCGCUGAAAGCGAUGCAUUAUUCGACAAUCUAUCGACAGUCGGGCUUGAUAAACGUCGAACGUUUUGUAAAGCGGGUUUUUUAGGCUGGUGGAUUCCAACUUGGAAAUCGAAAUGCAGAAAUUUGAACAGAUACGUUAUACAAAUUCGUAUUGUUAACUCUCUGAUAUGGACGAUAACAAUCUCUCCGUCAUUCUCUUAUCAUUUAUCAUUUAGGUAUCGUAAAUCAGAUACGUCUUGAAAGACUUGUUCGCUCUAUAUCUCAGAGUGCGUUGCAUAUACACCUAAAAUAACACAUGGUUGUUACAUUAUGAAUAAAUUAGAAUUAAUAAGGUAAUGAAUAUUUAGAAUGAGUAUAAUGUAUCAGAGAGUUGAAGGUUCUUUUUUUUCUUGCGAAUUUCAUAAAGCAUGAACGUCAUUAUGUAAUAUGCAUUUAAAAAACGAAUAAUUUUAUGAAUAACUUAUUGUUAUUUGCAAUUGAAAAGUUUCCUGGGAAAUAUUAUUCCGCAGACAAAAUAAUUGCAAUACCGCUUACUUAAAGCAACUAUGAAGAAAAGAAUUUCAGAAAUUUACUUAUCUAUUACCGUACUCAUAAAGGUUAUCAUGGAUUUUGCAAUUCACAUUUUCACGGUUAACUUGUAUUACAUGUUAAAAAGAUAUCGCAUUAUAAAUAAUGCAAUAUUUAAAGUCUAUGUAAAUAAUACAAUAUAUUUUCACAUAAUUAUCCAAAUUGUAACGAAGCGUACAGCAGAAUAAAUACUGUGCAAGAUUAUGGUCCAUCGAGAAGUCGUUACACAGCAACAAAUAGAUUACUGCAGAAAUGAUUGCUCCAUGUAGCCGUAAAAUUUCUGCAAAUUCGAAGAGAUCUCAAAUCCACGAAUUAAUGGAUUGGUCUUCAGCACUGAUUGUCGAUCGAAGCCGUCGCGCGCCCUCCGUGGAUCGAGCAUGAUCGAGCGAACCGAGGGCGCAGUAUCGCUUUCGCAAAAAAAAAAAAGAAAAUAAAAAAACUUCUUUCGCGUAUUUGAUUGAACAAGUAGCGCACAAUAUUUGGGCCUUAUAAAGUACAUUGUUGAUGUUCCGCUAAACCAUAUUAAACACUUGUAUGUAUGUACGUAACAAACGGCGAAGCAGGGACGAUAUGUAUGUUUGUCGUAAGGAAUUGAUUUCCCAAUAAGGGGAGCAGACACAGAGUGAUGUAUAUAUACAUACAUGUAUUAUACAUAUAUGUGUAUAUAUAUAUAUAUGUGUAUAUA